AUGCUGACUGGAUUGCAGCGCGCUCUUUAUGGACUGGGGCUGACCAACAUUCCCAUAACGAACGUCAAUAACAAUUGCGCGACUGGAUCCACGGCGUUGUAUCACGCGGAUCUGGCCGUCAAGUACGGACAGGCCGAGUGUGUCCUCGCGUUGGGAUUUGAGCGUAUGAGCCCUGGCUCAUUAUGCACCCAUUUUCCCGACCGCACCCCACCAACGUCGCUGCUCGAGAGCCACAGUUGGGAUCUCGAGACGAGCCAAGGUCUGGGGAAGAACCGCGGGCCCGAUCCUGCGAGGAUGUGCGCCAACGGCGCACAGGAGUAUUUCCAGAAAUUCGGCGGCGGGAUCGAGCACCUCGCGCUCAUCGCCGCAAAAAACCACAAGCACUCGGUCCAUAAUCCGUACUCCCAGUUCCGCGCCGGGUGGACGAAGGAGCAGAUUCUAGACGCACCCAAGGUGACGAACGAGUUGAGGAAGUUCAUGUGCACCCCGACUUGUGACGGCGCAGCGUGCGGAAUCGUCGCGUCGGAGCAGUUCGUGCAUGCACAUGGGCUCGAGAACCAGGCGAUCGAGAUCGUCGCAAUCGGAUUAGCCACGGAUGGACCAGAAUCAUUGGAGGGAAACAGCGCCAUGGAUGUGGUGACAUACAGCAUGACCCAGCUGUGCGCAGACAAGGUGUUCGAAGCAGCAGGCUUUGCGCCAGACGGGGGCAGAGACCAGGUGGGGGUGAUUGAGCUGCACGACUGUUUCGCUGCAGCCGAGUAUGGCGGUAAAUUUGUGAUCAAUCCAUCGGGCGGGUUGGAGGCCCGGGGGCAUCCAUUGGGCGCCACCGGAUUGUGCAUGCACUUCUCUAUUGUGAUGCAGCUACGCAAUUGGGCCGGUCCAAUGCAGGCUCCCGGCCUAUUUGAAAGCCUUGGUGAGGAUGCGCGUGGUAAAUACGGCCUCGUGCAUAAUUUUGGGCUCGGAGGCGCUGUGGUUGUUGCUCUUCUUCGGCGGCCGGAGUUCUUCAAGAUUGGGGGCGAGGAUGGCCGGAAUCGACUUGGAUAUAAUCACGCUUUUGAAUGCCGUCCUGUCACAAUGGCUGAUGUGGACAAAGUGAAAUCCGCGAGACAUUCACCAUUUGUUCUCAGGCAUUCAAAGUUGUAGGGUGCAGCCAGUUGUACGCAAGCUUGCACCAUGGGGUUUCACA